GAGCCAGCCGCUGCAAAUGUCGUCUCGAUCUGUGGGUCGUAUCGAGUUCCGAGCAGAGUGGAUUGCCAGAGCCGAAUCAUGUUCACGAGCACGGACGAUUGGGACACGCCAUAUUCACCCAUGCGUCAUGUCCUGCAGCAAGGGACGAUGCCAAGUCCGUCGCCAACGCAAUGGGAUUCAAUAUCGUUCUCGAGCAGGGAUUCUACGGACCCACUCAAGGGAACCGCUCCGACCUGGCCAUUCCUCUCGAGAAUCUCCAAAAGUCAAGGGCAAAGAUCAUCAUCGUCUGUGCUUCGGUUCCAUACACAUCCGAUCUCUACUACAUGGCAUAUGAGCGCGGCUUGGUGGGCCCAACAUAUGUCUGGAUGGGCAUCAACAUCCCGUACUACGAGUAUCUGGACCUAUCCUGGUUCAGCGGUGAUCCGAUACAAGCGGCACAGGGCUACAUGUAUCCUUAUCCGAACAUCACGAACGGAGUCGGGUACAACGAGUUCAGCAACAAAUGGAACAGCAUGUCGCUCCAGAACGCAACCAUGUAUCCGCUGUUGUCGGGCAGCUCAUGGGAAUGGUUUGCUAGAACGAUUUACGACGCUGCUUACAUCAUGGCACUGGCAUGGACCAACCUCACUCGGAUCUACCCGGACACCCCGUUCCUGCAGCUGCUGGCGACCAACUCGACGUAUCCCUUGCGCGCCGUUGAGAAUCUGAUCUACGACGGCGCAUCGGGAUACUCAAUCUUCAAUGCCAAUGGAAUCGUGGAGAGACCGUAUGCGAUCAUUUCUCUUGUGUGCCAAAACGACACGAUGAAUUAUGAUUACGUGGCAUACUACGAAAACGACGAGAUCAUCACAGACUGUCACAUGUGUCAAUACUACAACUUUGAUGGCUCAACCAAGGUUCCCUCCGACUCGCUCUUUGAAGUGUGUCCGCCUGGAUGGCAGUCGUAUUCCAGUGAAGUGGUGUCGCAGCUCUGUGUCCCAUGUCCUGAGGGAACAUACAAUCUGAACUCCAAUUCGACCUGCAAGCCCUGUCCUGUUGGCGCGGUGUGCCAGAGUGGCAGCAUCAUGAUCGCCAAGGGCUAUUGGUACAACGCGAAUGCCUCGGCAAUCGAUUCCGCAUUCUAUCUGUGCGAUGCAACCGCAAACUGCUGUCCAAACGCAUGCCCGAUCGGUGGUGGAAACCAGUGCAUCCACGAACACAGCGGAGUGCUCUGUUCGCAGUGUCCCAGCGGCCAGUACGAAUGGGGCGGCCAAUGCACCCACUGCGACAGCCUCGGCAGCAACAUUGCUGUCGGAGUCGCGGCAUUUGUUGCUAUUUUCGUUGUCGUCUGCAUUCUGUGUGUGAUUCCAACAUCCAAGGAGGGAUUUCUGGUCGACCUGAUAUUUGUGUACCAGGUUGCCUACCUCCUGGACUUUGACCACACAACGGCCCUGUCUCGAGCCCUGGCGUUUCUGACCCUGAGCUUGAACAUCCAAAGUGGCGGAAAUGGAUGCAUCCUCCCACUCGACCAGUUUGCCAAAAUGAUCUCGGCCUAUGUGAUGGUGAUGGCGAUGGUCGUCUGCCUGGGACUGUGGCAUGUUCUGAUCCAAGUGCUCAGGAGUCCGAAUCGAGGCCCGCUGGCCAGGAGGGCCUGGAAGACGAUAGUUCGGUGGUUUCCGUACCUCGACACCAGCUUCAAACACUCGCUGACUCGAUCGGUCAUCGUCUUGGCGCUGUUCAGCUUCAGUCCGGUGUACAGCACAGCCGUGACGAUCCUGUCCUGUCGGGCCAUCGAGGGGUUUCCAUCGGUCGUUUGGGACUAUCCGUCGGUCCAGUGUUGGACCGAUUCCCACACAACCGUGGCGGUGUUGUCCGGCAUCAUCCUGGUCGCCCAAGUGAUCGUACUUCCCAGUGUCAUCUUCCGUCGGGGAUUUUAUCAGCGAGACAAAGAAAGGACUGCAAACAAGGCAUCGACGCUCAUUGUCUGUCGCAAACACAGCGAAUCGAAUGUGCCCUCAGUCGAAUCGGAAGUAACGGAUCCAUUCUAUGAUCUGUACAGCUGCUACGUUCGACGGUAUCGUUGGUGGAUGUCGGUGGACCUGAUAGAGCGCUCCAUGAUCGUCGGACUGCCGCUGCUGCUUCGUUCGACAGGAGCCUACACGCCCAGAUACGCAACACUUCUCAUUCUGUGGAUGUUUUUGCUUGUGCGUACGUUUGUGAUGCCAUACAAGCUGGCGGCUGACAACGCCGUCAGAAUCGUCGGAUACAUGGCUUUGAUAGUCGUGUUUUCUCUCGAGCUUCGUCAAAAGUACCUCCUGGACCAGUAUGGAAUCGAAUCGACUGACUCGCUGGUCGAAGAGACAAUCGCAACGAUCAUACCCUGUGUCCUGCUGGUGCCCGUCAAGAUAUUCUCAAAGAUACCUCCAGAGAAGAAGAGGAAGAUCGGCAACACGAUUCGCUCGAUUCGUUUGUCUCGUGCCAAGACCAUCGAAGACAGGGUGUGAUGCUGGAGUGCAGCAGGCUCACGCCGAACAGGCCCGCCGAUGUGUGCUCUUCACAUCAACCAUGGUCUUCAGCGCAGUGAUCUGCAGGCUGCAGUGGGCAGGCCGUGUGAUUGUUCCCUGUCCCGACUGCCGCUUUGCAGAGCAGCCUUGAUAUAUACUAUGCAUUCGACCCUCUGGAUAGCUCUGUACAAGGUGUGGCUCUCGACGAUAGGGUGAUCGAGACAAACGAGUCGCUCGGCCUCCAUGUGGGCCUUGGGUGCGCUAUGUGUGCUCUGGGCCGUCCAGUGUCUUGACACAACGGACAUCGUCUUGUUCGAACACAAUACACCAAAGUUGAGAUGGUGUCA